UGGCCAGCAGCGGCGGCGAUGGAGGAAGCGCAAGAGCCGGGAAGAGGAGACGAUGAUGCUCCCGCCCCGCCGGCAGCCGAGGAAGCCGGGAUCUCGCUGCACAAUUUCUGCGGGCGCUUAGCGGAGCAGGUCGUGCAUUUCCACGCCAUGCGCCUGCGGGAUCUCUUCCUUUGGGUCGGGGACGGCCCGGAGCUCAGCAACCUGGCCGUGGCCAUGUGCAACCCCCGCGAUUCCAUUCCGGCAUCAACCUUACUUUUUGGCAAUGCUUCUGACAAUACCUCCAAUUCUUUAGCUCAAAGACUAGCCAGCAAGACUAAAAAACAGAUUUUUGUCAGUUAUAACAUUCAAAAUACUGACAACAGCUUCAUACUACUUGUAGAAAACCGUAUCAAGGAAGAAAUGGCAACUUUCCCGGACAAAUUUUAGUUCGGGAUAGUCACGUUUUUUUUGUGUUUAUAUUUGUGUUUUUUUUUUAAAGAUGAUUUUUUGGUUCCACCACAAAACCGCAGUAGACAAAAG